AUGAGGUACCAACUCGUUCAAGCAGCUAUCGUUCCCCUCUUCCUGAAGAAGCUCUUAGAAGAUCCGGAGCGUCUCACGACGCAUAUUCGAUUCGUGUUUGCUGCGACGAUGCUGAAGGUCGCCUAUGGUAUCGAUAUUGACGACGGUGAUCAUGAGAUCGUUCGCGUCAUCGACGAAGGAGUCGAAGGAACCGCGCAAGCUUUCGCACCAGGAAAGUUCUUGGUGGAUCACGUCCCGUGGUUGGAACACGUACCGGCAUGGUUCCCAGGUGCUGGAUUUCAAAGGCAGUUCGCAACAUGGCGGGCUGCCCAGACCUUAGUCAAAGACGUACCGUUCAUGCAGCGGAGAACCAUCGACGAGCAUACGACAUCUUCGUAUGCGACAGUCGUCGAUCAACUGCUGAAGAAGAGGAACCACGUCAACCCAGAAUACUGGGAAGAACUUGUCAAGUCUGUCGCAGCUGUUGUUUAUGAAGCCGGCUCUGAUACGUCGUUCUCCGCAAUGCAAGCCGCUUUCCUCGCGAUGUCUCUACAUCCGGAAGUGCAGAGAAAGGCACAAGCGGAACUCGAUGCAGUUGUCGGGCGAAGCCGCCUGCCGGACUUCCGUGACCUCGACUCGCUCGUCUACGUUCAGGCAAUUCUUAAGGAGGUCCUCCGUUGGCACACAGUCACACCCUUGGGCAUUCCGCAUCGUACAAUGAAAGACGACGUAAUUUGCGGUUACUUCGUGCCUGCUGGUACUGUUCUCAUAGCCAACAUAUGGGACUGCAUGCACGAUCCCGGAGUUUACGAGGACCCGGAUGACUUUCGUCCGGAGCGGUUCAUCAAACAUGGUGUACUGAAUGCAGAUGUGCUUGACCCGAUAUGCCCGGGGAGGUACUUCGCACAAUCAACCCUGCUCCUCAAUAUUGCUUCGGUGCUCCAUGUUUUCAAUAUCAGCCCGCCCCUGGACAACGACGGAAGGCCUCUCACGAUCAAGCAUGUCAUGACAGAUGGAUUCUUAUCCUAUCCCGAGGACUGCCGAUGCACCAUCAAGCCCCGGUCUUCGGACGCUUCGGCACUCAUUGUGAACUCGCAAGGACGCACAAGUUCGAAUUAA